AUGGCCCCGAAAAAUAACAAGAAAAAUCGUUCGCCGCGUACAUCGCAGCACCCUUUCGAUCAGCCCUCAGCAGACCUCAUACUACGCACCGCCGACCUCGUCGACUUCCGCGUGCACUCCCAGAUCCUCGCCCAAGCAUCCCCGUUCUUCGCCUCCAUGCUCGCUUUGCCCCAGCCUAUUGCAUCAGCCACAUCAGCCUCCGAGGAUAGCAGUGCCAACGACACGCCGCCAGGACCGGAUGCGACGCCGAUCGUGCCCGUGUCCGAGGACAGCGCGACCCUCGAGCUGCUCCUCCGCCUCAUAUACCCCAUCUCCAAGCCGCGCGCCCAGAUGGACGAUCCACAGACGAUGGUCCCGGCUCUCCUCGCUGCGACCAAGUACGAGAUGACGCUCCCCAUAGACAUCAUGUCCGAGCGGCUCGCCGUGAUCAUUCCAAGGAGCCCGUUGCAGGUCUGGGCUGCCGCGUGCCGCACGGGCCUCGAGAGCGUCGCGCGCCAGGCGGCGCUGGCCCUCAAGGCGUCGUGGGAAGAUGGCGGCGCUGAUGCGCUCUCGUUCAUGGACGAGCUCGGGGAUAUGACUGGAAUAUCCGCUGGGGACUACUUUCGGCUGAAGCGGUUCCUCGCGGCGGAACAGACGCGUACGGAGGAGUUUGUUGCCCUCACCCUGUUGAGCCCUUCGUCGGAGGACGCACGUCCCUCGGUACCCCCGCCUCUGCCGCCCCAGUUCACCACCGACAUCCCGUCUACCGACAUGGCCUGUCGGCCCUUCAACACAUGGGGCCCAGGCUUUAAGACACCGGUAUUCUCUGCUCAUCAGGCCGUCCUGUCCGCGCAUUCACCAGUGCUGAAGGCGCGCCUCGCGGAGCUUCGACUUAAUGCCACCUCGUCAGGUUCCACGGUCGCCGCGCCGGGCAUUUCAAGCUCGUCAGGAUUGGUGUUGGACUUCCUCGAAGGUCCCGGGGUAGUAUCGGCGCUGCUGAGGGCCUGCUACGACGCCGAGGAACCGUUGCCUACAGACCUCGAUUUCCUCGCGAGACUCGUGGUGGCGUCGCAGAAGUACCAGAUGGCCUAUGUCGCACCGCGCAUUCGCGCAGCUUGGGAUGAAGCCGCUGGGAGUCGUCCCCUUGCCGCCUACUUCGUCGCGCUCGCGUAUCAUCUCGAGGAGUACGCUGAGAAGGCGGUGAAGGCAGUGUUGAGAAGUCAAGUCAAGAACGCCUACGAGCCCGCCAUGGAGGACGCAAAGGCGCUCGCCUACCAUCGUCUCCUGGUUUACCACAACACCUGUGGCGCUAUCGUGAAGCAGCGCUUGAAGGAAGCGGUCGACAGCAUACCGGGAACCACCUAUACCUAUAGCCGUGGCACCGUUCACACGCAGUCAAUCACGGAUCCCCUGAGGGCCUUGACUACCACCUCCGGAAGCUUGACUGGCCCCACAGAACUAACCAGGUCUCUUGGCGACGCCGUAAUACAAGGUACAAUGCGCGAGAGCAAGCAAUAUGCAUCGUCAUAUGACACCUGGAUGCUCGUAUGCAACACCCUACGAUGCGUCGUUUCCACGCCCGUUGAGAUAGACGACGCGUUACAGGAGGUAAAGCUGAACUUGGGCCCUGAGUACUUGAGUACGGGUCGGCAGUGA